CAAACGUGGAGCUCAGUGGCUUGAGUAAAGAACAAUUAGUAAACAAAUUUGUUUGCCAAAAUCAUUUCGACCGCCAUCAAUUCGAUGGUACUGGAAACCGCAUCCAGCAUGGCUAUCCGAUCUUGUUUUCUCGAAAAGAAAUAUCACAUGGCAUUGUCCUGAGCGCGAGUGGUGCAGACCAUUUGUUUGAACACAAUUACUACAAGCAAAUUGUCCCUGAAGAUUCCACUGAAGAAACAGUUGCAAAUGUCAAUGAAGGAGAUCACACAUAUGCCAAAUCGUAUCAAUUGCAAGUUCCAAAACCAAUGGAAAUUGCUUCUGAAAACAUUGCCGCAGCAAUAACAUCAGUGUCAAUAGAUGCUGCAACAAUUGUACAUGAACCUACAAUGAAACCAGACAAAAUACUUCAUGUAAAGAAAAUUACUAAGAAAUUCAUCAAACCUACCUUGAAGUCCACCUGCUUCAUAAAGAAGAUGAAUAAAACUGCAAUGACCAUACAAAAAAAACCUUUCAGUGAAAGAUUAGAUAAGGCACAGACAUUUAUUCAGGAUCCUGCAUUUAUGAACAAUUUUAACAGAAUGGGGAAAUUAGCUCAGGAUUUUCUUAUGAUGCAGUUGAAAGCUGUACAUAAGAAAAAACAGGCAAUGAGAUUCACUAAUGAUGAAAAAUUGCUCUCUUUAUCACUUAUGAAAGAAAGUCCAAAAGGAUACAGACUCUUGCAAAAAAUAUUUAAAUUGCCAGCAAAACGUACACUUAAUCGCUUGGCUGAAAAAAUUACUUUCGAUGUGGGAAUUAAUGAUAACAUUUUCAAACUCCUCAAAAGAAAAUCAACAAAGUGGGACACCAAAAAGAAACUUUGUUCAAUUGUUUUUGACGAGGUAGCUCUUACACCUCAUUUGACAUUAUGUUGAAUCAAAAGAUGAUAUUAAAGGGUUCAAAGACAUGGGAGUUCAAAAACAAAUGAAGUUCUCGGAUCAUGCUCUUGUCUUCAUGGUAAGAGGAUUGUGUUCCAAUUGGAAACAACCCAUUUGUUAUUACUUUUGUGAAGGCACAACUUCUGCUCCUGAAGUGAAAAGGAUUGUGGCAGAAGUAGUUACAAAGGUGUCACAGUCAGGCCUUAUUCCAUUGGCAUUAGUAUGUGACCAAGGCACAACUUUCAGAAGUGCAAUAAAAAUGUUAAGGCAAGAGACUGAGAGAAAGAGAAACUUCAAAGGUGAACAUGUAC